UGCUGGCGCUCUGUCGGAGGGGCGAUCUAUCGAGAUUGUCGAACAUCACAUGAUUACAAACCCUCAUCACCUGUGAAUGAUCACGACUGAUCACGACGGCCGAAGGUGUUAGCGGACGGAUUUCACGGCUUUGCAGCUAAUUAUCAAGCGUUCGCGCAAAGAUAGUUCGUAGUUUGGUUAGAUCCGUGCGGUCAGGAUGAAGAUCUGCGGUCCCAAGUACGCCUUGUGCGGUCUGGUCCUGUCCGUCUGGGGCGUGCUCCAACUGUUUUUCAUGGGAAUAUUUUUCUACGUCCGGAGCGUAGCGCUGGUAGAGGAUCUUCCGUUAGGAGAGCAAAACUUAACCGCGAUAGAAGACUUCUACAAAGCGGUGGAUCGAGGAUACACGCAGAACGCAUAUAAUUGUUGGAUUGCCGCGUGCAUCUAUGUCCUCACCUUCCUUUUCUCUGGUCAUCAGUUCUAUCUUAAUUCAAGAUCGUCUCUUAGCUUAUAAGUAAAUAAACAGAUGUUGCACAACGACGCUACCAUGCGCCCGAUUUGUAAUAAUGUGCAUCUAGAAAACGCAUCCAGAUUUUUAAAUUAAUUUUAAAACUGCGUUAUACAUAAAAAUAUUCCACGAUUGAGCUGUUAUCCAGACAUAAUGUAAUUUAGGCGAAAUGUCUGUGCCUAAAGUGUUCUUACAGGCACAAAAAAUGUAUUUUUUGUCUACCGGGUUAAUACCACACACACACAUAUAUAUAUAUAUAUAUAUAUCAACAUAGAUGAAAGAAUAGAAUAUGAGGAGGAGAGAUUAUGUAAUUUGCAGUGGUCUCACUGUAAUGUCAGAAUUCGUAAUGAUACAUUUCAAUCAAGUUUAAAUUCUGCUUAUAUUGUUACAUAUAUUUGUUAAUAUGAUUUAAUAAAUUAAUUGUAGAUUA